AUGAAUGAACGGGCCUCAAAAACUGUGGAAGGGACGAAAAUGGAAAAUUCGAAGCCGCACAGGGAAGAAGAAAUUCGAGAAAAAAUUGGGAAAGAUGAUGAACAGAGUCGAGAAAGUAGUUAUUUUCCAGUUCAGGGUACUUCAAUUGGAGUAGCAGUAGAAUCAAAAGAUUCUGAAUUUGAAGUUCUUCCGUCCGCACAAUUGUCGGAGAGUGAUUUCAAAUCCAAUUUUACUUUCUCGUCUGAGCAUCUCUCCGAGGUGCCGGUGGAAUAUUCUCUGCAACCGCUAGUCUCGGAUGAUGAAUUAAAGGAUCAAGUAAGAGUCACCCUCGAGGAACCUUUAAUUGGUAAUACUAGUCAAUCUCCCGAUGUUGAGACGCGUAAUCAGAUAAAGGUUUCUGAUGGUCCAUCCAAGUUGAAUCUCUCCCCAACUUCUGCUUCACAGAACAUUUCACCAGGUUCAAGUUCAGCUUUACAAGAAAGAAAAUCAUCAUCUAUAGAGAACGGAAACAACUCAAGCCUGGCAGAACAGGACAGGCAGUAUUCUUCAAACCCAAAACUGCUAUCAGCACCUAAGCUGAAGACUUCUACCGAUGGGUACAAUUGGCGGAAAUAUGGUCAAAAGCAAGUAAAGAGUCCUGAAGGUUCUCGGAGCUAUUACAGAUGUACAUUUUCUGAAUGUUAUGCCAAGAAGAUUGAGUGCUGUGAUCAGUUUGGCAAUGUCAUUGAGAUUGUUUAUAGAAGUCAUCACAAUCAUGAUCCUCCUCAAAAGGUAAACUGCACCAGGGAAAGUAGGCACGCGUCAUCGGUCGUGCCGGCCAAUGAGAGUGACAAUGAAGCUCGUCCACUAAGAGCUAUUAAUGAUUCCUCUUUGGAAAAACCUUCAAUGGAGAUGGCUCAGAUACCUGAGACAAAGCGACAGGAUGCAACUAAUUCUGAUGAGACUGGGGAAAUUAGUACUAAGGAAGAACACGUUAAUGAAAUUGAACUUAAAAAAAGGCAAAAGAAAAGUGUAACCGGUGAUAUGGUAACCAUCGCCAAACCUGGAAAGAAACCCAAAACUGUUGUUGAGGAGGCUGGUGAUGUGGGGAUAUCAGGAGAUGGCUACAGGUGGCGCAAGUAUGGACAGAAGAUGGUGAAAGGAAACCAUCACCCAAGGAACUACUACAGGUGUACAUCAGCUGGAUGUCCUGUUCGUAAGCACACUGAGAGGGCUACAGAUAGUUCAAGUGCUGUAAUAGUAUCAUACACGGGAGUACAUGAUCAUGAAAUGCCAGUUCCAAAGAAAACUCGUGGCCCAACAAGUGAUCCUCUAGUUGCUACUGCAUCUCCGGGUUCCUUGAACAAUGUGCAAAUUAAUGAAACUGAAGCGUAA